UAAACACCGCUGGCGCUCCGCUGCCGCUCCGCUGCGUGGUGGAGACAGCUCAAACCAAGGCUGGAGCUGCUCUAUUCAGUAGACUGGGCCACUAAAACGCUCUGUUCACAUCUCAAGCCUCAUAUGCCACCUCAAAGACGGUGCAGAAUCUCCUGUCUGAGGUGCAAUGGCUAGAAAGACAGACAUUCCUCCUUCAUACUAUGGUGAGCCACGCAACUUUGACCCGAGCUUCAGAGGACCUAUCCAUAACAGGGCCUGCACGGAUGUGUUGUGCUGUGUCAUCAUCGUCAUCGUCAUCCUCGGCUACAUUGCUCUGGGCACCGUGGCCUGGAUCCAUGGCGACCCCAGGAAGGUGGUCUACCCCACUGACAGCCACGGACAGUUCUGUGGACAGCAGGGGACCCCCAACGCCAACAAAGCCAUAUUAUUCUACUUCAACAUAUUGCAAUGUGCCAAUCCUGCCGUUCUCAUUAACCUCCAGUGCCCUACAACCCAGCUCUGUGUCUCCAAGUGCCCAGACAGAUUUGCCACAUACCUAGACAUGCAGUACAACUACAGGUACAACAACAGCUACUGGGAGUAUUACAGGCAGUUCUGCAAGCCGGGCUUCGACAAUCCUAGAAAGUCAGUUGCACACGUCUUGAGAGAUGAGGACUGCCCAUCUAUGAUAGUGCCAAGCAGACCUUUCCUUCAAAGGUGCUUCCCUGACUUCAUCACCAGGAACGGGACGCUAACCGUCGCCAACAAGACGGACUUCAAAGACGGGUUAGGUAAAACGAGGAGUGUGAUCGAUCUCAGGGACGCUGCCAAUGGCAUUACCAGUCUGCUAGAUGCCAAGGAGGUUGGCAUGAAGAUAUUUGAGGAUUACGCCAGCUCCUGGUACUGGAUCUUAAUAGGUCUGGUGAUAACUAUGGUGGUCAGCCUGGCUUUUAUCCUGCUGCUACGGUUCACAGCCGGAGUUCUCCUGUGGCUCAUCAUCUUUGGAGUCAUCGCUGUGGUGGGCUAUGGGAUCUGGCACUGCUACUGGGAGUUCAGUACACUGAGAGGGAAGCCACACAGUGAUGGUGAUGUUACCAUCUCUGACAUCGGCUUUCAGACGGACUUCAGGGUUUACCUGCAGCUCAGUCAAACCUGGCUCAUCUUGAUGAUCUCCCUAUCAGUCAUUGAGGCGGUCAUCAUAGUAAUCCUGAUAUUCCUGAGGAGGAGAGUACGCAUUGCCAUCGCUCUGCUGGAGGAGGGGAGCAGGGCCAUUGGUUACAUCAUGUCCACUCUCUUCUACCCGAUCAUCACUUUUGUGCUGCUGGCCAUCUGCAUAGCAUACUGGGCAGUCAUUGCUGUCUUCUUAGCGUCAUCUGGCGAUGCUGUCUACAAGGUCAUGUCGACGCAGGACAAAUGCAUGUAUGCCAACCUCACCUGUGAUCCAGAGACGUUCAGUCUGACCAACGUGACCACGGUGUGCCCCGGCUCCCAGUGCACCUUUGCCUUCUACGGAGGCGAGAGCCUCUACCACCACUACAUCUUUGUGCUGCAGCUGUGCAACCUGCUGGUGUUCCUGUGGCUGGUCAACUUUACCAUCGCCCUGGGACAGUGCACCCUGGCCGGGGCUUUCGCUUCCUACUACUGGGCCCUGAAGAAGCCCCAAGACAUACCAUCAUGCCCCUUGUUUUCCUCCUUUAGCAGGGCUGUACGGUACCACACAGGCUCUCUGGCAUUUGGCUCUCUGAUCCUGGCCUUAGUGCAGAUGUUUCGCAUCGUUCUAGAGUAUCUGGAUCACAAACUCAAAGGUGCUCACAAUGCUUUUGCCCGCUUCCUGAUUUGCUGUCUCAAAUGCUGCUUCUGGUGCCUGGAACAUUUCAUCAAGUUCAUGAACAGGAACGCCUACAUCAUGAUGGCGAUAUAUGGAAAGAGCUUCUGCACUUCGGCCAAAGAUGCUUUCUUCCUCCUGAUGAGGAACGUAGUAAGGGUGGCAGUGCUGGAUAAGGUGACAGACUUUCUCCUCUUCUUGGGAAAAGUGCUUAUUUCAGGGAGUGUUGGUGUUCUAGCAUUCUUCUUCUUCACCCGUAAGAUUCCAGUUAUUCAAGAGGAGGUGCCAUCACUAAAUUAUUACUGGGUCCCCCUACUGACGGUGAUACUAGGAUCCUACCUGAUCGCCCAUGGCUUCUUCAACGUCUAUGCUAUGUGUGUGGACACCUUAUUCCUAUGUUUCUGUGAAGACCUGGAGAGGAACGACGGCUCGCCCCUCAAGCCCUUCUACAUGUCCCCUCAACUGCACAGGAUCCUCCGCAGAGAGCAGGGCGCCAAGCUCUACGCUUCCUCCUGAUAGGCCACAACACUGAACCUCUUUCUCCUGAUAGGCCACAACACUGAACCUUUUCUCCUGAUAGGCUACAACACUGAACCUCUUUCUCCUGAUAGCCAGAACACUUGAUACACUGGACUGACCCAUUCAGUGUCUGUGUGUGGGGGUGAUUGUGGUCUGGAGGAUACUAGAGCAGGGCCUUAUGGCUGGGCUGGACUCAUGAAUGGAGUUGACCUGACUGGUCAGGACUGACCAGGAAGGCCUUGGCAGGACAUGGCAGGACCCAAGAGGGUGGUGUAUGUGGGUGGGGUUUAGAAAGAGGCGGAGCUCUGUCCUGCACCGCCACUGAUACUUCUAAUAUCAGUCUUUUUUUCUCUGCAGUGCUUCUGUCCCUUUCUUUGUUGUGUCCACACUCUGCUGGCCUCUGCCUUACUUAGAGAGCGCUGCAGCAGCACAGUGGACAUGGGUGAAAUUGCCAUUAGCCCAAUACACUGCAAGAGGCACAUACACUGCAGAAGGAGAUCUCUGUAUUUCGGAUGCAAUUGGUGUACUUUUGCAGAUGGUUGUGGGGUGAUGCAGGGCAAGGGCGCCCCCGUGUGACACUACUGUGGUUGUGCAAUGGUUCCAUGUACUGUAAUGUAAGGUCAUGUGUAGGGUGAAGUUGCCCUUCGACACUGAUCUUGGGUCAGUUUAGCAUUUUCCUCAACAAUAGUUAAGGUUAGGAUUGGGGGAGGGCAAGCUGAUCUUAGAUCUGUACCUAGGGGAAACUUCAUCCCAGAGCUAUUUUUAGGUGCUCUCAUGUGUUGGAAAAUAACCCUGAGGUGGCUUUUCUGUCUAGCAUGAUUCUUUUAAUGUCUGUUUAGUCUUUGGUUGAAGAGGCACUUUUGGUCCACCAUAUGUAUUAUUGCCACUGUUACAGACAUCGUUCAAAACUUAAAGUGCAAUGCUACAGAUAGAUAAACUGAACAUACUCCUAAAUUGAGGGGCGGCAGGUAGCUUAGUGGUUAGAGCAUUGGACUAGUAACUGAAAGGUUGCAAGAUCAAAUCCCCGAGCUGACAAGGUAAAAAUCAGUCGUUUUGCCCCUGAACAAGGCAGAUAACCCACUGUUCCUAGGCCGUCAUUGAAAAUAAGAAUUUGUUCUUAACUGACUUGCCUAGUUUAAAUAAAGGUAAAAUAAAUUAAUACAAAUUACAUGGUUACAGACACUUUUAGUAUGUUUUGGUUUUACACUGUAAGGUGUAACACUAGAUAUUGGUUUUACACUGUAAGUGACAGUUAUAAUGUAGGCUCAGGGAGGUCAAGACCUCUGAACACAUUUGAUGCUCAUGGUGAAUGAUUUGAAUGGACCCUGACACCUUUCAGGGAUUCCGACUGCAGUUGCUAGUAAAUGUGCCUAGUUCUAAAUGGAGAAAUGUUCCUCUUUAUUGUUUUGUGGUUUUACGAUCUACCGCCGAGAACCUUUUGAAAUACCGUUUAUAAAAGGAUGUUAAAGCCAUUUUUGGUAUUUUUAUAUGGAAUAGUGCAGAACUGCAGUAGUGCGGUUUUUAAUACUAGGUACUGUAACACAUCUGUUCUGAGGAUAUUUAAGGUUUUUGUACAGGAUAACACUUUUUGUAUCAAUGACACCAUGAAAAUGUGAAAUCUUUUUUUUAAAUAAAUGUGAAUGAUUUCAUUAUAGCAAAUUUUC